AUCCUGAGAGAAGUUUUGUUAGGGAGUUUGUUAGAAGGUGGUGCGGCAGAAGGCAUUUCCUUUCAAAACGAAGGGAAGCAGUACGCAGAUAGCUGGACUUCCAUAGAUCUGCAAACUGACUGCAACCCAUACCAUGAAUAAUAAAGGUGCUGAAGUUUAUAAAAUAUCAUUUAUAUUUCCAAAUCAAGAUAAGUAUGAUGGUGAAUGUACAAGAACGCUUGAGGGAAGUCUUGAAAGAAAUGGAUAUGGCGUACAUACCACUCCCAGUGGAAUUACAUACAGAGGAAACUGGAAGAAUGAUAAGAUGAAUGGUUUAGGAAGGCUGGAACAUCCAUCAGGUGCAGUUUAUGAAGGUGAAUUCAAAGACAACAUGUUGCAUGGAAUAGGAAUCUACAUAUUUCCUAAUGGAGCAAAGUACACCGGUCAGUUCAAUGAAAACAAGUUGGAAGGGCUGGGAGAAUUUACUGACACACAAGGCCUGGAAUGGGAUGGUAGAUUUCAUUACACAGCAGCACCGGGGCUGAAGCUCAAGCUGGAAAUAUAGGAUAUUUUAUACCAGAGAAAAGACAUGAAAUUGUUGUUUUACCUAGUGAAGUUUUUCUAAAACAAAUAAUUUCUUAAAUAUUCUUGUUCUUUAAUCAAGUUACCAUAUAAACUAAGCACUGGCUCAUUUUGAAUUGGUGUUACAUUCAGCGUGUUACAGAGCAUGAUUUCCUCAUCUUAAUUUUACUUCUAAAAUUCACAGCACAACACACAAAAGCUGCAAUGUAAUGCUAAUUCAAAAAGUAUGUGCAAAAAAAGGCUUUUAUUUCCUGUUAUAGUAAUUUGUACUUGAAAACAAAGAUUAUGAUCAAUUCUUGACAUGUACUAGGAAAAAAAGGUGGACAUCAAGAUAGGAGGUAAUUGGAUCAAUAAAUGAUAUUUUGAUUAUCUGCCUGCGGGUGGCACCAUCAUCAACUUAAUUAAUAAAUGAGAACUCACCUUCCA